AUGUCGCGCCUCUACCUCCGGCUGCCCAAUCUGCCGUCGUUCCACCAUGCCAUCACCUCGUUCCUGGGCUUCAUGGAUCUCAAGAUCGGCGCUACCAUCCUCACCCUCUUCGCGCUCUUCAACAAGACCGCCGGCAUCUACGGCAUCCUCGCCAUCUUCCAGGGCGGCACCUUCUCCCAAGUCGCGCUCUACCUCUACUCAAUAGCCACGAUCGUCAUCUUCCUAUGGGGUCUCAAGGGCAUCUCGGACGAGGAUGCACAGCACGUGCUCACCUACGCACACCUCUUCACCGCCGACCACAUGAUCUCGACGUUUUGGACGCUCCUCUUCACGUUCAACUGGUUCUACUUUACGCCUCACGAUGGCCGUCCCAGUGCCAACCAGUCGUCGUACCAGACGGGGCUCAUGGACCUCAUCGAGUCCAUCGAGGCGCAGUACAGGACGCCAGAGCAGAUGGCGCAGCUUCACCACGACAAGCUCACGCCAGAGCAGCGCGUCAGCAGCGCACAGCGCAUCUGGAAGGAGGAGAAGGACUUUUCGGCCGGCGUGCUCACCCUCGGCUGGAUCGUCAAGCUCUACUUUGCCCUCGUCCUCUACUCGUACGCGCUCCACCUCCGCCACGGCACCUACCGCACCCUGCCCCUCUCCAAGGCCUCGGCAGCUUCAACUACGCAGCGCUCGGGUGCCGGCCGCUCCGAAUACCGCUACCAUCCUGUCGUUGGCGACGACGAGCUCGAGAGCUGGAGCGACGACGAUGCCGACGCCGACGCUCAGUCGAACCGCAAACCAGCCGAACAUACAGGCGCCGCCUCGUCGAAUCCACAGGCUGGCACGAGCACUGGCGGUGCGAGGGCCGUCAUGGACCGACACGGUGCGGUGAGGGUGUUCCGCAUCGGUCUAGUGCCGAUACAGGGUUGCACGCUUUCCGAUUUCCAUGAUCGGGCCUCGGCCGAGGCGGCACCGCUCGGAGCCCAGUCGAGAGGCUGCGUUGACUUGGACGAGAGUGGCUCUGCAGCCUCACUUUUUGGCCUGGCAAGAAAGCAGGCAGCAGAGCGCAGAGUUCCUCUAGCUGUAGCACGAGAGUGGGGCUGCAGCACCAAAUCUUCGAGGCUGGGAAGGAUGGAACCAGCGGGCAUGGAAAUGCCAGGCUGGACGGACGAGAGGGAGAGAUUGGCUCUGGAGCGCUGUCUUGUGGGACCGGGGGCCUGGCAAGGCGGCUUCGCUGAUUCGAGGCUGGCAAGCCCAGUCCGGGUGGUCAUCGUCUUGGGACGCCUGCUCCUCCAACCUUCCAUCACCAACCACCAAUCGUCACCACCCGUUUCGUUAUACUUCAAGAUGGUCUCUUCGUCGCGUCGCGUUCAGCGCAAGGCUCACUUCGAUGCCCCCGCUCACAUCCGCCGAAAGAUCAUGUCGGCCUCCCUUAACAAGGAGCUCCGAUCCGAGCACGGCCAGAUGAUGACAGGAACAUCUGCAUGGAUCUACGACGGCGUGGGAGAAGCGCUCGGCCGUCAGGAGACGCAAGGCAGAUGGCUUUCAAGCUCCAGAUCUGAACUGUCGCACUGCGUUCUGCCUCGGAUCGUAAUUGCCCCGGCAAGGACAAGCAAUGCCGGCGACAGGGCUGUGGAAGGUCGUGCGGUCGGUUUACAUUGCGCUUCACGUCUCUCGCCAGCCGGUCGUUUAAGCAGCCAUAUGGUCAGGGACAGGAAGAUGCAGGAUGAUCAGGACGACACACCGCUACAAAGAUUAGAUGGCGCGGUGCUUGGAGGACGUUGUUUGCAAGUUCUCUCCAGGAAGGACUCUGCGCAUCAUCGAUCUCGAUGCUGCCUCGACUCGUUCCGUGCACCACGACUUUUUCGCGACACCCGACCGACGACAGGCGGCGCUACGCCCACCAACACGCAUCCCAGCAGUUCUACUUUCAGCGGCCUCGAUGUCGGAUGCGCCGCGUGCAGAAUCCGAUCCAAAGACCCUGCUUCUAACCUGUUCUCCUUUGUUUCGCACAUGCAGAUCCGCUCGCUCCCCGUUCGCAAGGACGACGAGGUUCUGAUCGUCCGUGGCUCGCAGAAGGGUGCCGAGGGCAAGGUCACCCAGGUGUACCGCAAGAAGUGGGUGAUCAACAUUGAGCGCAUCCACCGCGAGAAGGCCAACGGUGCCACCAUCCCCCACGGCAUCCACCCCUCGAACGUUGUGAUCACCAAGCUGAAGCUCGACGAGGACCGCAAGAAGAUCAUUGCACGCAAGUCGGGCGCCAAGAAGGAGGAGGACGUCGAGAUGAAGGACAACUAA